UUUACUUUGACUCCGGGCUUAACGAGUGUGAUUAGCAAUCAUGUCAUCCGCAACAAAAGCGUCUAGGAUUGGGGAAGAGCUGUGGAAGACGAGAGUUGACAAAGUGAACGCCGAGUUGGUAACAUUAACGUACGGUACAAUUGUCGCGCAACUUUGCCAGGACUACGAUGGAAACUACCAAGAAGUGAACAAGCAACUGGAGAAGAUGGGCUACAAUAUUGGAAUGCGACUUAUCGAGGACUUUUUGGCCAAGUCGGGCGUGGGCCGUUGUGCUAAUUUCCGGGAAACAGCGGAUAUGAUUGCAAAGGUUGGGUUCAGGAUCUUCCUCAACAUCGCGCCCACGGUCACCAACUGGACAAGUGACAACAACCAAUUCUCUCUCAUAUUUGAAGAGAACCCGUUGGCGGAUUUCGUUGAGCUGCCUGAUGACGGACGGGCUCAAGAUGAGCUGUGGUUCUCUAAUAUUCUUUGUGGAGUUCUGCGGGGUGCAUUGGAGAUGGUGCAAAUGCAGAUCGAGGCGCAUUUUGUGAGCGAUGUUUUGCGGGGCGAUGACACUACGGAGAUGCGGGUAUCGCUUGUAAGGUACAUUGAGGACGAGAUGCCACCCGAUGAGGAGUGAUGGCGCCAGCCGUAUGGUUCUGAAAUUGUUUAUACAAGUAGAGGCGUCUGGUGUUAUGAGGGUUUAAUCCGCCGAUCUGGAGCUGCAGUUACCAAUGAAAUACUACCUUUAUUACGAC